AUGCGGCGUUACGACGUGCAGCUAAAACCCCUGACUGUGGCGUCUGGCGCGCGCUGUGGCCUGGUUGUGCGUCUGAACUACAGCGGCAUGUGCCUGGCGUCUGAUGCCCAGUUCAGUGACUUCCUGGACGGGAUGGGACCAGCGCAGUUCGUGGGCCGACAGACGCUGGCCACCACCUCCAUGGCCCUGGACUCGGUGGAGACCUGGACUCUGGACCGUGUGGUUUUUCAGAACAUCAUGAGGAGAACAGCAGAGACCAGACGACAACAGCACCGGGACUUCCUCAGGAGUGUGUCGGUGCUGAGGAACCUUCCAGAGGAAAAGCUCAGUAAAAUGGUCGACUGUCUGGACGUGGAAUACUACAACCAGGAAGAGUACAUCAUCCGAGAGGGAGAAGAGGGCAGUACUUUCUACAUCAUCUCACAGGGACAGGUUGCAGUGACUCAGAGCACAGAGGGGGGGCGCUCUCCUUUGCUCAUAAACACUCUGCACAAGGGAGAUUAUUUUGGAGAAAAGGCCCUCAUCAGUGACGACGUGCGGUCGGCGAACAUCGUGGCGGGCGAAGGCGGCGUCGAGUGUCUGGUCAUCGACAGAGAGACGUUUGACCAGACCGUGGGGACCUUCUGUGAGCUGCAGAAGUAUCUUCAGGGGUACGUGGCGUCUCUGGAGCGAGACGACAGGAAACGACACGCCAAGAGGUCCCUGUCCAUGCUCCAGUCCCAGCCUCUGUCCCAGGAUCGGGCUCGUCUGAGGGAGCUGGUCUCUGGGUUCUGCUGCUCCAGACCGUUCCACCACCUGGAGCUGGUGUCCACGCUCGGAGUGGGAGGAUUCGGACGCGUCGAACUGCAGGAGGAGCAGGUGGAGCAGCAGGAGCAGGUGAAGGUGGAGCAGGAGGUGGGGUUGGCGCUGAAGAUCAUCAAGAAACAUCAGGUGGUGGAGAACAGACAACAGGAGCACAUCCACUCAGAGAAGAACAUCCUGAAGGACAGUCGAUCCCCCUUCAUCGUCACACUCUACGGCACGUUCAAAGACGAGAAGUACGUGUACAUGCUGCUGGAGGCCUGUCUGGGAGGAGAAGUGUGGAGUCUGCUCCGAGACAGAGGUUCCUUCGACGAGUCCACGUCUCGGUUCUGCGUGUCGUGUGUGACUGAGGCUCUCGAGUAUCUUCAUCGAAACUCCAUCGUCUACAGAGACCUGAAGCCCGAGAACCUCCUGCUGGACCAACACGGGUACUGCAAACUGACGGACUUUGGUUUUGCGAAGCGUCUGUGUUCGGGGCAGAAGACCUGGACCUUCUGUGGGACUCCAGAGUACGUGGCUCCUGAGGUUCUGCUCAACAAAGGUCACGACCUCAGCGUCGACCUCUGGGCCCUGGGCGUCCUGCUGUACGAGCUGCUGACCGGGAGUCCUCCGUUCUCCGGCGUGGAUCACAUGACUCUUUACGGUUUGAUUCUUCGAGGUGUUGAGAAAAUCGACUUCCCCAAAAAGAUCUCGAAGAAACCAGAAGAUCUGAUCCGCAAACUCUGCAGGAGGAACCCUGCGGAGCGUUUGGGGAACCUGAAGAACGGCAUCACGGACAUCAAGAAGCACAGGUGGUUCAGUGGAUUUAACUGGAGCGGACUGAAGAACCGAACUGUGACAUCUCCACUCAAGAGAGAAAUUGCUGGGCCGUUGGACCACAGUUAUUUUGACUCUUUUCCUCCAGAUGAAGAUGAACCUCCAGACGAACUGUCAGGCUGGGACCAGGACUUCUGA